AUCAGCGGCAUCCACCACUGAAGGGCAGCGGCUCCAUUUCUUCGUCCAACCAGCGUCGCCUCAAAUCAGGACAGGAGGGCCAUCUGACGAUCGCGUUCCACCACUUCUACGACGUUUCGUGUCUUCUUCCUUCUCAGUUCCGUCUCUGUUUCCGCAAUCUCUUCUACCGCGCCGUUCGCUCGUUUCCCAUGCUCUAUUCUUGACCUUGUAGCGCUCCAUUCGUCUGUCCUGCUCUCUUCGGCGCAUUCACCGUCCACGAUGACGUCCGUCGAACCGGCUGCGAGGAAGAAGGUCCUCCGUGUCAUCACCAUCUCCCUCCUCCUCGACCUGAUCUCCUUCACCUUCAUCCUCCCGCUGUUCCCGAAGCUCCUCGAGUUCUACCGCGACCACGAAGGCCCAGAGCUCGACGCCGAUGGCCCCGCGACGCUCCUCCAGUCGGUCCUCAGCGGCCUCCACCGAUACAAGGCUGCCUUUUCCCGUCCGAUUGAUUCGCGACAUGACAUUGUGCUGCUGGGCGGCGCUCUAGGCUCCAUCUUCUCACUCCUCCAGGCCGUUGCCUCCCCCCUCAUCGGCGCCUUCUCCGACCGCUACGGCCGACGCAAGGCUCUCCUGGCUUCCAUGUGCGGCAACAUCCUCUCGGUGCUGCUAUGGGUCGCCGCCGUCGACUUCCGAACCUUCAUUGCCAGCCGCGUUGUCGGCGGCCUCUCGGAGGGCAACGUCCAGCUCGCAACGGCUAUGGCAAGUGACAUCUCGGACGAGUCCAACCGCGGCGCGACCAUGGCCAUGAUUGGCGCGUGCUUCUCGAUUGCCUUCACUUUCGGACCUGGCCUGGGCGCAUGGCUUAGCACCAUCUCGACCGUGGCUGCCAACCCCUUUGCGACGGCGGCUGGAUUCAGCCUGGCGCUGAUUGUGGUCGAGACCGUCUACCUAUACUUCUGUCUCCCCGAGACAUUGCCCUCUAUGACGGGCAAGGAGCAAAAGGGGAAGAAUCCCAAGAAGGUGGCACCCAAGAAGAUCGAGCGAACCAACUCUCACUUCCUUCUCAAUGCGGUCCACUUUGUCUUCUUGCUCUUCUUCUCCGGCAUGGAGAGCUCGCUAUCGUUUAUGACGUACGAGCUAUUCUCUUUCACCUCAGCGAAGAACGGAAGAUUGCUCGGCUACGUCGGCCUCGUGGCAUCUAUCCUCCAGGGUGGUGUCACACGCCGUCUCCCGCCGCUCUUGUCCGUUCGCAUUGGUGUACUCGCUUGUCUUACAUCCUUCGUCCUCCUCAGCCAGGUGUCAAGCGUCGGCGGUCUGUACCUGGCGGCGACGUGCCUCGCAAUGACUUCGGCCACCGUCGUCACCGGUCUGAAUGCGCUGAGCAGCUUCGAGGCCCACGAGGAUGAGCGCGGCAACAAACUCGGCAUGCUGCGAAGCUGGGGCCAACUUGGCCGCGGGCUGGGACCCAUUCUGUUCACCAGCGUAUACUGGUGGGCGGGUCGCGAGGUAGCAUACGGCAUGGGAGCGACCGGUAUUGCGGUCGUGGCUACGACUGUAUUCCUUGGACUGAAGACGCCUAAGGCCAUGCUCGCCGCAAAGGCUAAGAAGGCUGUUGAAUGA